CGGCGCCCUCCCGCGGCCGGGCGCGGCCAUGGCGCCGCUCAGGGUGCGGCCGCUUUGCGAUCCCGGCGGCGGCUCCGCGAAGGGUUUAAAGGGGCCGCGGCUCCGGCGGCCCCGCUGCGAGGGUUCCCCAGCCCCGUACCCACCGAGACACCCCGCACGCACCCCUCCCCCCGCACCGAGGCACCCCGAGGCGGGGCCGCCGCCAGCCCCGCCCCUGCGACGCCACUUCCUGCGGGCCGCGGCGCGGUGUCCGGUGCCGCCGCCUGUCCCGGGCCGGGCAGGGCCGAGGCCGGUCAUGGUGGUGCUGCGGGGCGGCGCGGAGCCGGAGGAGCCCUACCCGAGGAUUGAGGACUGCCUGCCCCCGCUGGAGGAUUCCCCAUCCAAGAGGUUCUCCCCCUCCAAACGAAAGCAGUAUUUCAUCAACAAGGCCAUCCGCAACUCAGACCUCAUCCCCAGGGCCAAGGGCCGCAAGAGCCUGCAGAGGCUGGAGAACACUCGCUACCUGAUGACACUUCUAGAGCAAGAUGAAUGUGGGAGUGAUGAGGGAGAGCUCACCCACUCUGCCACCCCCAGCAUCUUCACCGAGGCCUGUAACAACGAGACCUACAUGGAGAUCUGGAAUGACUUCAUGAACCGGUCAGGAGAGGAACAAGAGCGAGUCCUGCUCUACCUGGAGGAGGAAGCCAGGAAGAAGCACAAGAGGAAGCUGCCUGUCAAGAAUGAAGAUGAGUGGAAAGAGCACCCUGCCUACACUCCCCAGGAGUGCUUCCAGCGCAUCAGCCGCCGCCUGCGUGCCACCCUGAAGCGGGGCAGGAUCCCCAUGGGAACGCUGGAGGGCCUGGAGGAGGAGCUGCUGGCUUUCUUCUCUGUCACCCCACACUCUGUCUACACAGCACUGAUGGACAACAGGUUCAGACAUCGAAGGGAAACGUCAAAUGAAAGUGAGCAACAAACACCGUGUGUUCCUGCCCCCCGAGCUCCUGCUCUCAGACUACCUGGGGCAGAUGAGCUGAUACCCCCGAGGGACGCCCUGCCCCUCGCUUGCUGCUCUGAAGGCUUCUGUCAUCUGCUCCUGGCCUCUCCCAGCCCCGCCAGCCGCCUCUCCCCUCGCCUCAGCCUCCUUUCCCCCCCCUCCAAGAGCAGAUGUGGGGUGACGCAGAGCUGCAGGCUCGUGGCUGCACCAGCCGGCUGCUGGGACAGGGCCACGCUCCCCUCAGGGAGGGGAGGCUGGGACUGGGGCCUUGGGGGGGCCACAGGCAGCGUGGCCCUGCCAGCUAUGGCUGGGGGUGCGAGGUGUGGGUGAAGCAGGUGCCUAUCUGCCACGCUCAGCCUGUUCCCCAGCUCGCAGCGCUGCUUCCUGGCCGGAGCUGCUCUCUCGGGAUCUGUUUGUGUGUCUAUUUAUAGCCCAGGUGCUUUUUAAACAUAAUCAGGCUGGGCCCAGCCCACCUCUGGUGCUGACAGCCAGGGGGUGAUUUCAGUCCAGAUUUUUCUGUGGUGAACCAGCUCCUUGGGGCUGCUGAGCAAACGCUGAGCGAGCGGAAGAGCCGCGGGCGCCUGUCGCCUUCCUGGCACGUUUGGUCCAGCACCCACAGCUCUGCAGCUGCCAUGGGGGGUUUUUGGGGAGAGGGGCUCAGCCCCUGCCAGCCCUCUGGGGCAGGCUGUGGUGUGGGGAGCUGCUGGGUGCUCUCGCUCAGCAGCACCCCAGUCCCUCCCUCGUGCCUGCCCACGCCACAGGGCACUGGGCUGUUUUUAUAUGAAAGAUAGUUUGUGGUUUUUAUUGUGUGUGUAAAUAUUUGUGUUGUGUGUGUGUGUGCUGGAGGAGCCCGUUGGGGCCCUGUGCUCUCUCUUCUUGCCUACAGCUGCCAGGGGGGGCAGAGGGGACAGUUUCUGGGUCUCCCCAUGUCCCCCCAUGAGUGUCAAGGGCUGCUUGCAGGGGCUUAUUGCCCUCCUAGGGCCAGGGCUGUGCAGGGAACCCUGGGGAGUGUUCAGACCCCCUACUCUGAGCCUGUUGCCCUGGUUGUGGUCUCACUGAAGACAUUGGCUGCCAUUAAGCAGGGGGACCCUGGGCCAUCCUGGCCGGGCAGGGGGAGCCCCCAGCCCCACCCUUGUAGCUCAUUUCCUUGUGCGACUCGGGUGGCGUUGAGCAACAAUAAACACGGUGCUGCCACA